UGUCUGUCUCUCCCCCAUUUUUGUAUCCUUUGUCUUCUUUUCCAAUACAAAAAGUUUCUGAAGCUCCUCUCAUUCUGUGCUGCAUCACCGGCAAAUGGAGAAACCAUUCGCUGGAAACUAUCGCAUUCUACUCUGGUUCGUAUUUCUAUCCGCCAAUAUUUUAUUCCUCUUGUUCCUUAGUAUUGAUUAUUCAUCUACAAUCAGCACCAACCAUGUGAAUGGUCAUGUAGAAAGCAGAACUGAUAAUGCUUAUGUAGAAAGCAGAAUUGAUGUAAUUACUAAACAAGCUGAUUUCGAACAAAAUCUCAAUCCAAAAUCCGAUGUAGAUUUGUGUCUAGGUCGAUAUAUUUACCUUCAUGAUCUCCCCGCUCAAUUCAACGACGAAGUUCUCAAGAACUGUCAUCUGCUUACCAGAAAAACUGAUAAGUUUGAUAUGUGUCAAUCCACAGAGAACUUCGGUUUCGGUCCUCAAAUUGAAAAAUCUUAUGGGGUUUUAUCAAACACAAGCUGGUUUUCCACUAACCAAUUCUUGUUAGAAGUAAUAUUCCAUAAUAGGAUGAAGAAGUAUGAAUGCUUAACGAAUGAUUCAUCAAUUGCAUCAGCGAUUUUUGUACCAUUCUAUGCUGGUCUAGAUCUUAGGCGAUAUCUUUGGGGGUUCAAAGCAUCAGUGAGAGAUUCAUCUGGUCUUGCUCUCGUCAAAUGGCUGGCAGAAAAACCUGAAUGGAAAAAAAUGUGGGGUAGAGACCAUUUCUUAGUUGCCGGAAGGAUUUCUCGCGAUUUCAGGAGACAAUCGGACAGUAACUCUGAUUGGGGUAGCAAGUUCAGAUUUUUGCCUGAAUCUGAGAACAUUUCAAUGAUUUCAAUCGAAUCAAGCUCUUGGAACAACGACUUCGCAAUACCAUACCCAACAUAUUUUCAUCCUUCAAAAGACAGUGAGGUGUCUCAAUGGCAGGAUAGAAUGAGAUGGCAGAAGCGAGAGUAUUUGUUCUCCUUUGCCGGCGCCCCACGAUCCAGACAUAAAGGUUCUAUCCGGGCUAAUGUUAUCGACCAAUGCAAAACUUCAAGUAAGUCGUGUAAGUUUCUGGAUUGUAGUGAUGGCGCCAACAAUUGCGACGACCCGGUUAAUGUUAUGAAGGUGUUUGAAAGCUCAGCAUUCUGCAUACAGCCUCCUGGAGAUUCACUGACGAGAAGAUCGAUAUUCGAUUCUAUGUUAGCCGGGUGUAUUCCGGUUUUUUUGGAUCCGGGUUCGGCUUAUACGCAAUACACAUGGCAUUUACCGAAGAAUUAUUCAAAGUAUUCUGUAUUUAUACCAGGUAAACUAUUAAGGGAUAAGAAAUUCAGGAUUGAAGAGAGAUUGCUUCAAGUUUCAAAGGAAGAAGAAAUAGCUAUGAGAGAGGAAGUUAUAAAUUUAAUUCCAAGUAUAAUAUAUGCAGAUUCAAAGUCUAAAUUAGAGAGAGUUGAAGAUGCAUUUGAUUUAGCAGUGCAGGGAAUUCUUGAGAGAAUAGAGACAAUUCGUAAGGUUGAAUAGAAUAAGUUGAAGUUCUAGCUAUCAGAUAAAAAAUGAAGUUGCAGAAAGAAAACAACGAGAAGAACAAACGAAAUUCAUUGAAUUGUAUGCAUCCAA